UCUGCAUAUAUAAUACAUGUCCCCUCUUUCAACACAAAUACAUCUUGUUAUAUUCCAAAAGUCUCUAUGCGUUCACACAUUUCCUCAAACAGUUUACUUGCAUCCCCUUUUUUGCCUCAUAUAUGAAGCAACUCCCUUCUUUCCCAGAAAAUUCUAGCUUUUCCCAAACCUAUAUCCGUGAAUUCCUUGAAAAAACACUUGUUCAAAUGAAUGAUAACAACUUGCCCAAUAAACGUCGUCGAAAAAGAAAAGAACCAAUUCAAGAAACCCCAAGUAAUGAAAAUGAUGUGGAAAAUCAAGGUGUUGUGAAAACAAAGGAGCUAAAAGAGAUAAUAACAUCAUUGUUGUUACUUGAAGAACAAGAAAAGUCUGAACAAGAGGGAUUUGUUAAGGAAGAGGAAGAGAAAAAACUGUUAUUCGAAGCGAAUCACAAGAAAACAACUCAAGUGAUGUGGGAUUAUUACUCAGAUGUUCAACAGCAUCAUUCGGAUAUAGAACAGUUAGAUGGUGUUCGAAAAAGAAAAGGGCGAGGGAAUUCUGCUAUUGCUUGUGCUCUUGGUGCUACAGUUGUUGAAGAGGAAAAAAACAUUUCGAGUAACAAUAAAGCGAGUAAUAACAGCGAAAAAGGCGCCCCCCAAAGGAGGUUGUGGGUGAAGAACAGAUCAAAAGCUUGGUGGGAUCAAUGUAACAGUCCUGAUUUCCCUGAAGAGGAAUUCAAGAAAGCGUUUCGAAUGGGGAAAGAUACAUUUGAGCUGAUAUGUAAUGAAUUGAAUUCUGUCGUCGCUAAAGAGAAUACUAUGUUAAGAGAUGCUGUACCUGUGAAGCAACGUGUCGCGGUUUGUAUAUGGAGAUUGGCUACUGGUGAGCCUCUUAGGUUGGUUUCGAAGAGGUUCGGGUUAGGGAUUUCGACUUGCCAUAAGUUGGUGCUAGAGGUUUGUACCGCGAUUAGGACUGUUUUGAUGCCUAAGUAUCUGCAGUGGCCUGAUGAAGAGAAAAUGAGGAAUAUAAAGGAUGAGUAUGAGGCUAUGUCAGGGAUCCCUAAAGUUGUUGGAUCAAUGUAUACAACUCAUAUACCGAUAAUUGCUCCGAAAAUUAGUGUUGCAGCUUAUUUUAAUAAGAGGCAUACGGAGAGGAAUCAGAAGACGUCGUACUCAAUUACUGUGCAAGGUGUUGUUGAUCCGAGGGGUGUGUUUACUGACGUGUGUAUCGGUUGGCCUGGUUCGAUGCCUGAUGAUCAGGUACUUGAAAAAUCCGCCCUUUUUCAAAGGGCGAAUACAGGGUUAUUGAAUGGUGUUUGGAUUGUUGGGAGUAGUGGAUACCCUUUGAUGGAUUGGGUUUUAGUGCCUUAUACACAACAGCAUUUGACUUGGACUCAACAUGCUUUUAAUGAGAAGAUUGGUGAGGUUCAGAGAAUCGGGAAAGAGGCGUUUGUGAGGUUGAAAAGGAGAUGGUCUUGUUUGCAGAAAAGAACAGAGGUGAAACUUCAAGAUUUGCCUGUGGUGUUAGGGGCGUGCUGCGUCUUGCAUAAUAUAUGCGAGAUGAGGAACGAGGAGAUGGAUCCGGAGCUUAACUUUGAGCUCGUUGAUGAUGAGAUGGUUCCCGAGAUUCAAUUGAGAUCGACUACUGCUAGGCUUGCGAGGGAUUCCAUUGCUCAUAAUCUUUUGCACCAUAACCAUGCUGGUACUUCUUUCCUGUCAUGAAAGGAGUUUAACUUUGAUUAUUUGUCUUGUUAAUUUAUGUAAUUCUUUUAAGUUGUUACAUUUCACAUUUGUUUUUAUUUAUCAAUGUUAGUCAAGGGGAUAGUCUAAUCUUCCCCUUUGUGCAAACUGAUGAAAAUGUUGCUUUCUAGGCCAUAGCAUACACUGAAAUUGCAGACAUUGUAUUUCAUACUUGAAUUAGGGAUUGAUAGAAGAAAUUGACUUGGCAAAACAUAAAUUCUUUCUUUUA